UUCGUCGAAUUUACUAAAAUACCCUCAGGCGGACUUAUCAAGAACUCUCUCAAAAGCUUCUUCAAUAUAACCCUUCUCUAUUCCCGUUACAAAAGAAAGCGACUCUCUCCCUCUCUCUCUCCCUCUCUCUCUCUGGAAAUCCAUAUCUCCGAUCUAGGGUUAGGGUUUCGGAGAUUCCAAGCCCUUUCCUCCAAUUCCGAUCGAAUUAGGGUUAGGGUUUCCUUUCAGGGAGAAGAUGAGGAGGGGGAAGAUCGACAUGGUUCUGUCUCUAAGCCGGCAGCGGUCUUUCCAUUUCCUGAUCGCGAUCGGUCUCCUCUAUCUCGUUCUCGUGACCUUCGAAAUCCCUUUCGUCUUCCGCAGCGGUGAUGGAGAUUCCGACGUCGGCCUCUCGUCGACAGACGGGGGUUCCAAAGCCUUUCUCAGCGAUGCUAUGCCGCGGCGUUCCCGCCUCGAGAGCGAGGAAGACCGGCACGAGAAAGAAGCCCCGAUUCGGCCUCGGAAAGACCCGUUUCGCGUCCCUCAGGCUUCUUCCCAGCCAUCUCAGCAGCGGAGUAUAGAUUUUGUAUCGGGCCUGGCCUUUUCCGGGACCGAAAGAAGCAGCAGGUUCUCGGAGCUGGAGAAAUCGGCGAAGGACGCGUGGGAAGUCGGGCAGAAACUGUGGGAAGAAAUCCGGUCGGGCGCGUUUGUGAAAAGCGUCGAAUUGGAGAAGAAGAAAGUGAACCGGUCGGAGUCCUGCCCGCACUCAAUUUCCCUAUCGGGGUCGGAAUUUCAGGAGCGCGGUAAGAUUUUGGUCAUCCCUUGUGGGCUGACGCUGGGAUCACAUAUCACGCUUGUCGGCAAGCCCUAUCUUGCUCAUCCGGAGUAUGACCCGAAGAUCGCCCCUUUGAAAGAUGGGGCCCAGUCGGUGCUGGUUUCGCAGUUCAUGAUGGAAUUGCAGGGGCUGAAGACGGUGGACGGAGAGGAUCCCCCAAGGAUUUUGCACUUCAAUCCGAGGUUGAAGGGCGACUGGAGUGGGAAGCCUGUGAUUGAGCAGAACACUUGUUAUAGGAUGCAGUGGGGCUCCGCUCUCCGGUGCGAGGGUUGGAAAUCCAAGGCUGAUGAAGAGACAGUUGAUGGACUACCAAAGUGCGAGAAGUGGAUCCGUGAUGAUGAUAAUCACUCAGAGGAAUCGAAAACAACGUGGUGGUUGAACCGACUAAUAGGCCGAACAAAGAAGGUCUCAAUUGAUUGGCCAUUCCCGUUUGCGGAGGAUAAGUUGUUUGUUCUCACCCUUAGUGCUGGGUUGGAAGGUUAUCAUGUCAAUGUUGAUGGGAGGCAUGUCACAUCUUUUCCUUAUCGCACUGGGUUUGUUCUCGAGGAUGCAACUGGGCUAUCACUGAAUGGCGACCUUGAUGUCCAGGCUAUAUUUGCUGCAUCUUUGCCCACUACACAUCCAAGUUUUGCCCCUCAAAAAAUUCUUGAAAUGUCAAGUAGAUGGAAGGCCCCACCCCUUCCAGAUGGCCCUGUGGAGCUCUUCAUUGGCAUCCUUUCAGCGGGCAACCAUUUUGCUGAGCGGAUGGCCGUAAGGAAGUCUUGGAUGCAGUCACAACAAAUCAUAUCUUCUAAUGUGGUGGCCCGAUUCUUUGUGGCACUGCAUGGAAGGAAGGAAGUGAAUGUGGAGCUAAAGAAAGAAGCAGAGUUCUUCGGCGACAUUGUAAUAGUGCCUUUCAUGGAUAGCUAUGAUCUGGUUGUUUUGAAGACGGUUGCCAUCUGUGAGUAUGGGGUCCGUACAGUCUCUGCAAAUUAUAUCAUGAAAUGUGAUGAUGACACAUUUGUCAGAAUAGAUUCUGUGAUUAAGGAAGCCAAGAAAGUCCCCAGUGGUAGAAGCCUAUAUGUUGGAAACAUGAAUUACUACCACAAGCCCUUGCGUUAUGGUAAAUGGGCUGUGACAUAUGAGGAAUGGCCAGAAGAAGAUUAUCCACCGUAUGCCAAUGGCCCAGGCUACAUCGUAUCAUCAGACAUUGCACAAUUUGUUGUAACAGAGUUUGAGAAACACGCCUUGAGGCUCUUCAAGAUGGAAGAUGUGAGCAUGGGCAUGUGGGUGGAGCAGUUCAACAGCACGACACCCGUCGAGUAUCUACACGACCUGAAAUUCUGCCAGUUUGGCUGCAUAGAAGACUACUACACAGCUCAUUACCAGUCUCCUAGGCAGAUGAUCUGCAUGUGGGACAAGCUGCAGAUGGGGAAGCCACAAUGCUGCAACAUGAGAUGAUGACAUGACUAGAGUAUGAACACACACCCAGAUGCGAAUUCUGCAGUUGUAGCCGCAGCAGCCACCGCAGUGUAAAUUCUCAGGUGGGACCCGUGAUCAGGAGCUUGCCCUUUCAAAUUCAUUCAUUAUUUUUCUUCCCUUUUUUUCCCCUUUUUUGGAGCUCCGUGGAGGAUGGGAGAGGAGGAUUGCUGGCUGCUUUAGUGGGCUUGUUUCGUAUGUGUACAACUGCAACACAACAACUUUAAUUUAACUGUAAGACAAGAAGGCAAUGAAUAUCCAUGAAUCAGAGAGAGAGAGAGAGAGAGAGAGAGAGAACAAAAAUCCAUCUCUAUCACUCUCUUGCCGUUUUCUCUUGUGCUUAGAAAGCUGUCCGAAAAUUUUAAAAGAAGGAAGAUGCCAUGCUUUUUGUAUGGCCUUUGUGACCCCGUCCAAAAGGGGAAUUGAAUGCGAGUGCUUGUCCCUUUUUUCUCAGUAUACAUAUAAAAAAUAAAAUAAGAUGUUUGUAUAUUGGCCAA